AUGGUUUCUGGUCGUCCUCUCUUUGCCGGUGACUCCGAAAUUGAUCAGCUGUUCCGUAUAUUCAAAAUUCUUGGAACGCCUACUCCAGAGAUAUGGGCUGGUGUGGAGAAAUUGCAAGACUACAAGAGAUCAUUUCCAAAGUGGGCAUAUAACGAGAAGGCUCUCAUGGAAGCAACUUCUCCAAUGACAGAGUGUGGAGUAGACCUUCUCAAAGAAAUGUUGCGCUAUGCUCCUGAAACUCGAAUCACAGCGAAAGCAGCAUUGGGCCAUCGAUACCUUCGCGACGUAGUCCUCCAACCGCCAGAGGUCACACCGUUGCUUCGUCAACCUACAGCCUCUACUGCAGCUUCGGCCACUGAAGAAUCCGCAGAGACGCAUCAUCAGCAUACAUUCUGA